GAAAGAUUUUUCUUUAAACUCUCUAUUUAAAAUAAAGGAAGAAAGGAGAAAAGACAAACCAAAGAAUAGUUCAGGAAGAACGAAAUAAGAUGGUAGAUUUAAACCCAAAUACAUCAAUAAUUAUAUUAAGCGUAUGAGUUGAAAGACAGGCCAGGGCCAAUUCUGAAAGGCAGCUUUCCCCAAAGGCAUCCAGCCCCUGAAAGCAGUGGACAGCAAGUAGCCUUCUGUUGAUGACUUGCUGCCCAUUGGGACACCCCGUGACUGCCCCUCGCAUCACACACCUCUCAGUCAAGGGAGGCUGGCACAUACCUUCUGCACCUUCCUGUGGGGCUACCGUGUUUUUUUGGCUCCAGUGUCCACCUUACAUAGUUCUUCUGUCUCAUGUGCUAUUUGAUAGCUCUGUGACCUGAGCAGCUGCUCCUGACAGCCCCUUGUCCUUCUCCCAACCCACCACUCGUGGUCUCACAGCACAAGGAAUGCGGGCUGUUAAGACCUUUGCCUACACAGUUCCGAGGGUCAACACUGGGCUGAGGCCAGCUCCAUCCUCCAUCCUCCUUACCAAAGGGCUUUUCCACGAGGGGCAUUUCCUUUUGACUCUGGGCAGCGAACUACUCUCCUUGAAGAACAAUUUUGCAUGGAGCCAGAAGCCUUAAAAAUUUGCCCUUACAACCCUCACCACCGAAUCCCACUCAGCAGGUUUCAGUACCACCUGGCAUUGUGCAAGAGAAAGAACCCCAAGAGAGCCAAAACGAUGGCCAGCUGCAAAUACAACGCCCGCCUCGUGGUCCCCAUCAAAAAGCUGGAGGAGCACAAAGCUGCCUGUGCCAACAGAAGCGCGGCGGAGGGCAGCUCGAGCCCUGGGACAGUCAGCCUUCCAAGCUCAGGGCAGAACAGAAGCACCUCUGCAGCAUCAUCCUGGCUCCCCAGCCCCGAGGUCUGGAAUGUUGAUGGUACUAUUUGCCACCCCAUGUUUGUCCUUAAUACUUCUGUUUCCCAAAAACUUGUUUGUGAAAGCGAACGGGAGUCUGAAAGAGCAUCAUGCCCCACCCCUGGCCAUCCCCCAGAAGAUCCUCAGACCAGGAGAGUAAAUUGCCAGCAACAGAAAGACCUCGCCUCUUAA